AUGCAUGAUCCAUUCAGUUCAUUAAAGGGUGGGGAUGAAGAACUUCUGGCUCUGAGAUGUUUUAGAUAUUCUUUCCAAUGGACUCUCUCUUCUUUGAUAAAACAAAAGUUCCAAAAGAUCAGCAAGCUUCUUUCACAAGCACCCACAGCAGAAAAGGCUAUAGAAUUUGUGUUUCGAAGUGUUCCUGGGGAGAAUGAGUUAAGACGAGCUGUCGAGAUUUCUCUCCAGGAAUACACGAUCACAGAGAGGCUUUUGGUAGGAUAUUUUUUACGCAACGAUGUCUCAAGCCUUCUGAAAGCUCAAAACGACCAAGAAAUCGAAGAGUGGGUUUUGAGCUGGUUCCGCGAUGGAAGGUUUCCCACCAGUUGUAUGAGCUGCUUGGUGUCGGGGAAAGUCUUGCUCAAAUUUCAAGUGGAAAAUUCUCAAGAAAUGUCGACGAAUCGCUGCUCUCAGCCUCUGAGAAAAUUCACGUAUGGAAUUUUAGCCAGUGCCCCGUUGAAAGGCGGGAACAGAACGACGGUUCAAGAAUGGGACAGAGAGGGUUUUCAGGUCAAGUCUUCAAUUAUCUCACCCGUCGACGGUGAAAACAUACCAUGUUUGCGUGAGAUACCAAGCCUCGAUCUGGAUAAGAGGUUAGCGAUGUACUUAGACGCGCUUCAUUCUAACACAACUAAAAUCAAGUCAUUGCCAGAGGAGCUUAAGUUAGUUGGAGCAUCACUUCGGUUUCUGUACAGAAAAGCAAACCCAAAAUUGAAACCCAGUCAUCUGUCCGCCAUACUCUGCGGUUGUGUUAAACUGGAGGACGGCUCAUGGAGAGAAUGUUUAGAAAAAUCCAAAGACCAACCCUUCGAUGUGCAAGCGGCACACAGCUUUUCUCAGUGGCAGUGUGUUUUGAGAGAUGCCAUCCAUCUAAACCGUGUUUUGCAUGAGCCCGUUCCGACACCAUACAUCCGCAAUAUUUUCAAUGGACAACUGGUGCAUAACCUACAGAGGAAAUUGGAAAGAGAUAGUCGGCGAGCAUCCUCGAUUCUAACUCAAGAAAGUCUUUCUCGGUAUCAGGAGCUUUAUACAGCGAUUACGGACGAAGAAGAAGAAGUUGCUGCCGGGAUACAGAAGGUACAAUUACAGGCAUCAAAAGGGGAAGCCUAAAUGCACCGUCACCCUCCCCAAGCUCAAGAAAAGCAUCAGCAGUUUCUUACCUAUGAUUAAAUUUACUGAAAGAUUACGCUUAGCUUUAUUUGAGUAGUUCCACUUCAAGUGACUAGUAAAUACAACUGGAGGACGAUACAAACAGGCCGUGGGGACCAACUCGAUGUUGACCGCAACCGCUUAGUAGAGGUGAAAAUUACAGUGAUUAAUAUUAAGGGGAAAGAAAUUCGGGGGUGAUCUAAAAACAGGUUCCUUUGUAUUUUUUUGAAUUAGUUUAACUUUGUUUUGCCACGAACUAAUAUUCCGCUCUGAGUAAAAUGUCCACGUUCCUCAGUGGGAAAUACCAGACUGAUCGCUUCCCUACAUUAUCGGAGCGUGUCCCUCGAAAUGAUUCGUGCAAAACAAAACUCGAUAAUGAUAUAAUCAGACAAUUAUUGACCUCGUAUAUUGCAAACAUUGUAAUUUACUCGUGUCUUACAGGUCAAUUUUGGAUAGACUUGACAUAACGGGCCUAAAAUUUAAAUAAAUUUGUUAAUGCUAGCAGUUCAAGUUGACCACUUAAAUCUUACAAAGACUUACCAGUUUCAAGGCUGUCUAGUGUGCUGGAAACCCUUGCAAAUUUGCCCGUCCAACAUCAUCGAGACUUCCUGGUUGCGGUGCCCGCAUUAACCUCCAGUGCAGCACAGCGCACAUAGCAAUAAGUAUGUCGUUUACUGUUACAUAAAAUGUCUCUCCAACUCACUGUAUUUCCUCUCCCCUUGAGCUCGCCCCGUUCCCGUCCCUCUCAAAUUUAGCAGUUUCGUUCGGACAACCACACUUUUCAGAUACAUAUACGUUUAUUUCACGGAUAAAGUUAAAAAUUAACUUUAUACAUAGAAAAGUAAUUAAUUAUACUUUUUUUUAAGUAACUCCUUUGAAUUUUUGGCAUGUGAAUGGUGUAUUGAAAUCCAGAAGGGCUCUAUUCUUUCAAAAUAAUAACACCCUCUAUGUUUGACUACAGACUACUAUUGAAAAAGCUUCAUUCGCCCGCCUAUCGAGCCACUCAGCACUAUAAAAAUAUUUCUAAUCCAAUUUAUUUCCAAUAUAAUGUGUACUAAAUUCUCGUCUAUUAUAGAAUCCAUAAUAAAAUCGACUAUCGGUGCUAGUAUACAGACACUUGAAUGCCAUCAAUGCUAUUACUAACGAUAACAAAGAAAUUCGCCUGCUUCGACAAGUUUCCUAAGAGGAGAUGGAAAUAAAAUCACCUCGCAACUAAAGCUACAGCUCAGCAUUAAAGCAAUGCUAUUUCUAGAACAUAUAUAUCCUUUUAAUUGAAAUUUUGGAAGAAAAAUUCUUUUCAAAGACCGGUCAAAGGCUUCACCUUUUGCUUAAAGAUUCUACGGGUUCAACUUACACCUGGGUGGGAUUUUUUUGAACAAAACAUUACAACUCAAAAUUUGAAAAGAUAGCAUUCCUAUAAUAUAAAUACCUCGUUUUGGAAGAUAGGAAAAAAA